AUGAUGAAGUUCUCCAAAUCCAAUUCGUGGACUUCUGAGAUUGAGAAGGUGGAGACAGGGGCUGAAGUCGAAUCCGAGAAUACCUCUUUGCAGGAGGUUGAGGCAGUGAAUGAACAGAAGACUCUAUUAUACAUCGACUUUCGGAUGCUCCCCUUACUAGCUCUCAUCUAUGCCUUUUCGCUGAUCGAUCGAAUCAAUCUGGGCUCAGCUCGAGUUGCUGGAAUGGGCCCGGCUCUCCAACUACAAAUUGGAGAACGAUACAGUAUCGCAACAUGCCUGUAUUUUAUCCCCUAUAUUCUAUUGCAAAUACCAGGAAAUGCCCUGUUACGGAUGACCGGCGUUCGUAAUUGGAUAACAUUCAUUGUCAUCGGCUGGGGCGCUGUUCAACUGGGAAUGGGUUUCGUAAAACACUGGGGACUUUUAACUCUAUGCAGAGUAUUGUUGGGUGUAUUUGAGGCUGGAUUCUUCCCGGCCAUGGUUUUCAUUAUAUCGACAUGGUACAAACGCCAUGAAGUGCAGAAACGGCUUGCUGCUUUUUACCUUAUGUCAAUCACUAUCAGUGGAUUCAGCCCGAUACUUGCAUAUGCGUUGAGCUUGUUGAACGGCAGAAGAAAUAUUGCUGGAUGGUCUUGGAUCUUUAUCAUCGAGGGCGCUUUCACGAUGUUUCUUGGAGUCCUCGGCUUCUUUCUCAUUCCCGACUUUCCCGAUAGAAAUACUUUCCUUUCCAAAGCCCAAACUGCUUUUGUUCUAAAAAGAGUCGAAGAGGACCGUGGAGAUUCUAGACCGGAUGAUAUCACAGUCCGCAAGAUAUUCCACCACCUUGGUGACUGGACGCUCUGGGUAUAUGGGGUCAUGUUUGCCUGUUCUACUCUCCCGGCAUACAUGUUGGCCUUUUUCAUUCCGAUUAUCCUCAAAGGCAUGAACUAUAGUACCACUGCCUCCCUCCUCCUGAGCGCACCUCCUUACGGACCUGCUUUCUUGUCCGCCAUGAUCUUCGCGUGGUUAUCCGACAAGACGAAACACCGUUCUGGUUUCAUCGCGAUCCAAGCUUGUAUUACAUUAGUGGGAUGUUGCAUGACGGCUUUCGCCAAGGCAGGCCCGACUCGCUAUGCAGGAACAUUCCUCAUCAAUGCAGGCAGUGCCGGGUGCAUUCCAGGUGUCUUAGCCCUGGGUGCCAACAAUGUCGUUUCUCACAGUAAACGUUCCGUUCAAACAGCCAUUACUAUUGCAUGGGGUGGCAUAGGCGGAAUUUUGGCAAGCACAGUAUUCCGUGAAAAAGACUCGCCGAACUACGUUCCAGGUUUGUGGGUCACGAUCGGUGCCCAGAUACUUAUGAUAUGCCUCGCGGGUAUCACAUGUUUACACUUCCGACGUAUGAACAGGCUUUCGCGAGAGGGUCGUUUGUCCGCACCACUCGAAGGGAAAGAUGGAUUUUUCUAUACAACGUGA